AUGCAUCGCCGCACCGAAUCAUCCGACCUCAACAUCGACUCCAACAUGGUGCCGUCCAGGUCUUCGGAGGAUGAGCCGACCGAAUCGACGCCACUAUUUGCCGAACAGUCACGGCGCCCCGGUACCGGCCGCAGUCGUACCGACUCGCUCCUCCGCGCCGCAGGCAACAUCCACGUGCCCAAGGUGCAUAACCCGGACGUUAUUGUUAGUAUCUUCUGUGCCAUUGUCCUCGUCGGGUCUGCCGGUGGAGGACUGUGGGUGAUCCCCGCCACCCGCAAGGUCGAGGACAUUGUCUGUCGCCAUUACUAUGACGUUUUGAGCAAUGAGAAUAUUGAUGAGAGCUUGUGCAAGGAGGACGCCAUUCAGUCCAAAGUCGCCUACAUCUUUGCCGUGUACGGUGCUCUUCAGGCGUCUAUUGGAGCUGCCUGCGCAUUUCCUUGGGGCAUCGUUGCCGAUCGAUUGGGAAGAAAACUGGUCUUCUCUCUGACCAUCUUCGGUAUGGCUUUGGACCAGGCUUGGUUUGCCAUAGUUUGCGCCUUUCCGGCAACGCUUCCACUUGAAGCCAUUUGGGUUGGCCCGAUGAUGAUGGUCAUCGGAGGUGGAAAUGCGGUUGUAUCCGCCAUUGUCUUUUCGAUGCUCGCCGAUGUCACUACUUCCGAGAACAGAGCCAAAAGUUUCAUGCGCAUACACGUAGCGUCCAUGAUCGGAAACCUGUGCGCGCCCGCUUUCGCCGGCUGGAUGAUGGAGAGAACUGGCCCUUGGCCCGUCAUGGCGAUGGCCUACGCUGGUUUCCUGAGUCUGAUAUUCAGCAUUCAUCUCAUUCCUGAGACAAAACCGGCCGCUCAACUAUCGUCAGAUCCUAUCGCAGACGAGCCCGAGGCCGCAUCUCCCAUGCUUGGCUCCAUCCAGCACACGAUUCAUCGAAUCAAGGAAUCCCUUCGUCUUUUGAAAUCACCAUCUCUGAUCGUCUUGCUGCUGGCGAUGCUCAGUUCGUAUCCCGUCAUGCUUUCGACGUUCCAAUUCAUGUCCAUCUUCGCUUCGAAACGUUACCAUGUCUCGCUCUCGCAGACGGGUUAUCUUUCGUCCUUGUAUGGCAUAUGUGUCCUUCUCACGGUCAUUGUUAUUCUUCCGGCGUUCUCAAAGCUUCUCGCUUCACCCAAGGCGCCCAAAUCGGUGCGGUUACCGGACGAUCACCAACGCGAUCUCUUCCUCGCCCGAUUGUCGUCAAUAGCCCUCCUAACGGGUUCGUUGGCCAUGUCUGCGUCUCCAAAUGUUGGGUUCUUCAUUGGUGGCCUUACCAUCCUUGCAUUGGGUGCUGGAUGGGCCAGUUAUGUGAGAAGUGUGAGCAGCGUUUUCGUUGACGCGGCGCAUCGGACUCGUUUGUUUUCGAUCAUCUCGCUGGUUGAGACGGGUGGGCAGACGUAUACACAGCCAAUGCUUGCGGGGCUGUUCAGUGUAGGUAUGAAAAUGGGAGGAUUUUGGAUAGGUCUGCCCUACUUGGGUGUCGCUGCCUUUUGCUUGGUAGCUCUGGUAUUUUUGCUCCUUGUAAGGCUACCACCACCCGAGGGCAAACAGGCAACAGCUGAUGAUGGCGAAACAAACGCUUCAUCUGCGCGCUAA